GCCUGGAGUCUAGAGCUGAGCUGCGUGCUGUUCCUGACUUUGUUUUUGACCAUGGAGGGCUUGUUCUUCAACGCUCACAGCGGCUAUGUCGAGGGCAUUGUCCGAGGAUAUCGGAAUACCCUCCUCACCAACCAGCAUUAUAACAACCUGAUCCAAUGCGAAACGAUCGAUGAUGUCAAGCUGCAACUCGCUCCCGCAUACGGCGACUUCCUCGCCGCGCUCCCUCCCAACCCCUCCACCUCUGCCCUGGCCGGCAAGAUGACCGAAAAGCUGGUCGCCGAGUUCCGCUACCUCCUCACCCAGUCCACCGGCUCGACCGCCAAGUUCCUGGAAUACAUGACCUACGGGUACAUGAUCGACAACAUCGCUCUCCUGAUCACGGGCACCCUCCACGAGCGCGACACCCGCGAGCUGCUGGAGCGAUGCCACCCGCUCGGCUGGUUCGAGACCCUGCCCGUGCUCUGCGUGGCGACCAACAUCGAGGAGCUGUAUAACUCCGUGCUGGUCGAGACCCCGCUGGCCGGCUACUUCAAGGGCAGCCUGAGCCACCAGGAUCUCGACGAGCUGAACAUCGAGAUCGUCCGCAACACCCUCUACAAGAACUACCUGGAGGACUUCCACACCCUGGUCACCACACAUCCCGACUUCAAGGGCACCCCCACGGAAGAGGUCAUGUCGGAGGUCCUGCAGUUCGAGGCCGACCGCCGCGCGAUCAACAUCACGCUGAACUCGUUCGGCACCGAGCUGUCCAAGCAGGAGCGGAGGAAGCUCUACCCUGAGUUUGGCAAGCUCUACCCCGAGGGCUCGCUGAUGCUGUCCCGGGCCGAGGACCUGGAGGGCGUGACGCUGGCCGUGAGUAUCGCGGCUGACUACAAGGCUUUCUUUGACGCUGUCGGCCUCACCCAGGGCGGUGGCGGUAUCGGCGGGAUGGGCGGCGCUUCCGACGGGAAGAGUCUGGAGGAUCUGUUCUAUCAGAAAGAGAUGGAGUUAUCGAAGAUUACCUUCACGCGUCAAUUUACUCCGUCGGUGGUAUACGCGUGGAUGAGACUCAAGGAACAGGAAAUCCGAAACGUCACCUGGAUCGCCGAAUGUAUCGCCCAAAACCAGAAAGAGAGGAUUGGCAACUUUAUCUCUGUGUUCUAAGCGUUUCGCCAUGUCCCCACCACCUCCUGUACCACACCUCCUUUUACAUCCCUCUACUUCAUCGUCCGGUCCGGUCGGUCCCGCCCCUUGUGUCCCCUUUCUUCAAUCCUGUUCUUUCAGGGGACACUUUCGAUCUCGCUUUUCCCUUUUCAUCUUCGGUCUUCAUGUGUCUAGUUCAUUUGUCAAGUACCCAGUCUUCUCUGUAAUGAGCGCAUUUAUUUAAAUCGUCCGACGUGGCCAUGGCCAUCCUGUCGGGUUUUUUCUGUUUUAUCCUUCCGGUUUUGCCGUCGGCGUUUGCUGGGGUUAGAUGUUUUUGUGUGGGUGUGACAUCGUGUUGUUUUAAGUUAUAGAGC